ACCGAAGCAGCACAACCCGGGGGCCAACAGCACUGCCACCCAGCCUCGUGGCCCAAACGCCUCAACUAAAAUGGCGGCGGACAGAAGGAGGGUAUGCCCUUUCCACGAUCCUGAGGGGAGCAAAGAGACCGCCGGGAACAAGCUGGUCCGACGUCUAUUAUGGCAGGCAACAAGCCACUACUACAGCAAUCAAGCAAAAAAAAAAGGCUAACCACUUACAGCCACCCCUGGUGAGACCGCGCCACCAACUAACGACCAACCGACAUCUCGACUGCAAGAAACUCACAGGGGGCACCGUUAAUGCAGAGACUCAUAUGACCUUUAAGCGACAACGCUACUUCACCCUCUUACCAGCAUUGAGCCACAAAGCAAAAGUCUCUCCACCAAGCCGCAAAGCGCAACAGGCGGACAACAUCCACAAGGCUACAAGCGAAUGGGCACAACAAUGCUCCACAACCCACUGGAUGAUCCAACGUCCCCACUACUACUCCUACCGGAGCAACAGGUGGAACAUGAACAUGACUGCAACCUUGAACACUAGCG